AUGAAAAUUAAUCUCAAUUUUGGCUAGAGCUCAAGGCCUCUCACUGCUUUCAGACCUAAUAGAAACACUAAAAAUCUUUAGUAGCAGCCUAUAGAAUAUUCCCACUUAAAAACUUCUUUACCUAUUAAUGAAGCAGAUAGAAAUUCACCUCAGAAAGAAAUUGAAUUCAAGUGUCCAACAAGCUAAUUGAAAGGCUCAACAAUGAGGCCAAAAUCGUCUUACUUAGGAAACCCAACUAGACAGAUAAACUAUGAGGCUAAGGUCUUUACUACUGAUGUAAUAUCAAUAGAUAAACACCUUGAUGAUGUUGAGGAAAUCAUUUAAAGAUUCAAUAAUAGACCAAGAAGUACAGAGAAGAACAUAUAGAUUGACAUUGACUUGCAUGAUAAAUAUAAAUAAAUGCAGAAACUCCAAGAGACUUUAAAACGUGAUUCAAUCAUAAGUAGUCAGUAUCAAUCACAAAUAGCGAGUUAUGUAAUCACCGGAAAGAAAAUCUAAAGUCCUUUAAAGAUAAAAGAGCACAGAGAUGAUUUGAACAAAGAUAUUGUGGAGAUACCUACUAGUGAAAAUGCUUUAGAGCAAUAGAUUUAAACUGAAGAGGCUCCUACAUUAACAGAGAGCUAAUUUAUAUUUGAGGACUAAGAAGAUUUGGACAUGCAAAAGUAAUUUGAGUUAGAGUAUCAGAAAAAGAUGGAGCCAAAUCUUUUAUAUAAGGGAGCUCAUAUGAAAGUAUACAAGCCAGUUAAGCCCAAGGUAAGUAGAGGAAGACCUUAAACAGCUGCUCUUAAUAAAAUUCCCAGUAAAAGGCAAAGUUCACAACCCUCAAGUAUUAAAAAUGCAGAUGUAAAUAACUAGUUGGAAUAAGAGGAUGAACAAGAAAUGAUAAGGCCAAUGCAUAUUGAGGAACUACAUUACCAGAGUAAAUUUGAUUACGAUAAGAUGGAGAGGACAAUUCAAGAUGAUACUCGAAACUCGAAGCCAGUGUUUGGAAGCAGAAAACAAAAGAUUGUUGAACUAUCUGAGUAUCUAAAUUUGGUUUUACAUGACUAUCAAAAUCAGCAGUACUAAGAGAACUAAUAAGAAAUUGAGAAGACGAUGACUAAAUUUAACCUUACCGAAUAGAUAGAAGAUGAUAACUUUGGAUCCUUGAUCAAUACUAAAAGAACAGUCGGUGGAAGUAAUAAGUCAAUAGUUGAAAUAGAAAAUAAAAGAUAAGAGGAAGAGUCAAUGAUUCAUUCUACAGGUCUGAGAUUAAGAAGACUCACUGCAAAGUACGGGCCAAAGGUAGAUCUAGUAUCACAUGGGUUUCAAAGAUUCAAGGUUCAAGAAAUAGAGUAGUUCUUUGAUCCUCUGAGAUUAAAAUUGAUGAUAGUUCCUAUGUCUGAUAUUCCCAAUUAGUACACAAAGCAAGGAAGUGAUUUUCAUUUUGUAAAAGGCUUUAAGCUAUAACAAAUGAAAGAUCAUUAAGGAGCUCUUAAUGCUUAUGAAGAUGGAAUCAGAGAAUAUCCUGAAUCUUCUUAUAAUUGCAAGUUUAACAAAGCAGUAAUUCUCUUUAAACUUGGAUUGUUUAAAGAGGCCCUUAAUAUCUAUAGAUUAAUCCUAAGAGAAGAUCCUCUGGAUAAAAGAAUCUGCUACAAUAAAGCUAUAUGUGAAAUCCAAAAUGGAAUGUACAGCUAAGCAAUCUAUACCAUAGACAGUUACAUUAAUGAUUAUAACGAAAGAAAAGCUCGAUACGAUAAGGCAUAAAAAGGGGAUAACACCAUAAGCUAUCAGGAAAAAAUAUAAAUGCAGAAAGCUAACUACAUACCAGAUGACUAAUAUCUCUUUGAGAUUUAUCAGAUGCGAGGUGUAGCCUGCUUAAGAGGAAAUAGAAUAGUUGAUGCUUCAAAAAGUUUCACAGUGGCUUAUGAGUUUAAGUCUCAUGUAAAGAGAAAAACUAGCAGAAUGUCUCAGUAAUAGUCAUAGAUGAAUUCUAAUGAAUAAAGCAUUGACAGAGAAAAAUCAAGUAAAAAUGAAGAAGCUAAUUUCACUGAGUUCACUGCUCAGAGGAAUAGCCACAGUGUAGCACAAUCUAGUAGUAAUCAAAAUUAUAAAGCUAAUGGCUAAAACUAAGAUGUUAUAAGGUACGAAGACUAAGCAUUAGAGAGCAGGCACAGGCAAGAAGAUAUUAAACUAAGGAUAAGGCCAAUAACAGCUAAACUACCUAAAUCCUAAUCGCAGAGAAUCCUAGUGGGUUUAACAGAUAGACUUGAAACACUUGAAGAAGAAAAUCAGAUGUUUAAUGAGCAUAGAGUACCAGACGAUUCAGAAGAGAACUGCCAGCAAGAGUCUAAGAAUGAUUUGUUCAGUUUAGAUGCUGAAAGCAUAAUGAAAACAUUAGAUAACUAUGAGGCUGAACAUAGAUAGAUUAAGAGAGAUUUGGGGUUAAUUUCUAAAUAAUAGGUUAAGAAAUAGUUCCCAGAACAGUUCAACAUUAAUGUCAAUAGAAAUAUUGAUGAUUAUCUUACAGCAAAACAAAAAAGUCUCUAAUAAAAACCACCAAAGUUAAAUAGAGUCCAGAGCAACUUUUACUUUACACAAAAAAAUAAUUUUCUAUUCAAUGUAGACAAACCAUAGGGUGCAAUCGCUUAGUUCGUAACCUAUCAGAACGAGCAAAUUGUAAAUAAAAGGGAUGAUAAAUUAUUUCAGUAAAAGUUAAAAACUUAUGACAUAUCUUCAAUACAAGAGAAAAUCACAAAAAAUGCUAUAUUCUCAACAAUAAAUUCCUUGCAGGCAUCGUAAACUGAUAAUGACGAGUUGAAGAACUUUCUUAUGCAAAGGACUGACCGCACUGAGGAAUAAAAACAAGAAGUGGAGGAGAAUAUAAUCAUGAGACCUUAGGACUUCUACAUAGAUGAGAAGAAACAAGUAAGGUUAGACAAGGUGCUGCUUGGAUUUGAAAUAGAUCCGCUUAAUGACUCAAUCACUGACAAGGAACUAGAAAUAAGAGAGAAAAGACACAGGAUAGAGUAGGAACUCUUGAGUGCAGAUGACUCUUUUUAUAAAAAGCUCGAAAGAGAGAAUUAAUAGAGAAACAAGGACUACUUUAUGUAAUUUCUAGAAAUAUCUGAAAAAGACGCCAUUGUCAACUCUCUUUAGAAACGCACUGAGUAGGAUAUCAAGGAACUUGACAAGAUGAAGGGUAAGAUAGGACACAUUCGACAGUACAUCGAAAAGACUUUUAAUGAUCCAGCUAAGAUUGAGCUUAAUCUUGAUAAGACUAAAGCUAUGGCAGCCCAGAUGAAUCACAUGCUUGAAGCUACAGGGUAAAAUCUGCAGAUGUCACAGUCAUCAAAGCUAAUUGAAUCUCUGUCAACCACAGAUAAUGAGGAUAAUCCGAAGCAAGCUAAACUUUUAAGGAGAUUCAAUCUGCAACAGAUAGAGUAAGUUAUUGAAUAGUUCCAACUACCUGUGAGUCAGAGGGACAAUAAGGUGCUGCAUAAAGGGCUUGGAUCUCUCAAGUUCUUUAUUAAGUUCCCACCUGACAUCAGGCAGCAGUUAUUCGACUUAUCGAUUCUCAGGAGAUUUGAUAAAGGAGAAACGAUAUUCAACUAAGGCGACCCAAGUGAAGACUUUUUUGUCAUAGUCAAAGGAAGUGUCUGUGUGAGAGUAAUUAAAGAGGAAUUAGGAAAUGUACCAGUGAACACUCGCAUAUGCUAUGAUGGAGAUUACAUAGGUGAGCUCGCCCAUUUCGAAGUUUCCGAAAGUCUUACCUAGGAAAUUGUAGAUGAGUUAAAUAAAUAAAGAGUGACAACUAAAGCACUUGAGUAUCCUACAUAUAUGCUAUAGCUAAACAAGAAGAUAGCAUCUAGAAUCAUAAACUCGCCUGACUUAUAAAAUAAAUACGAGGAGAGAAUAAAUUUCCUCAGAUAGCUGGACAUAUUUGCUGACAUUGACAUGUACAUAUUAUUACCUUUGGCAAGCAACAUCAAGGUAAAGAAAUAUAAGCACGGAGAGUACAUAGUGAAAGCUGGUGAUUUGCCAGAUGGGCUAAUCAUUGUGACUGAGGGGUAAUGCAUCGUUUGCGCAGAGAAACUAGCGAUGAGAGCAAAUCAACCUAGUGAAUACAGUAGACUGAGGCCUAUGAAUCCUAAUGUGAAAACUAACCCAACAAAUUCAUCCUAAAUGAUAUUAGACAAAGAACAGCUGAAGUCAAAGAAUCUAAAGCAAAUGAUGAUAAAGGGUACUACAAGCUAAGCAGAUAUGAAGUACUACUCUGAUUCCUUGGCUUAAGUUAACACAAAUCAUAAAGGCUAUCAGAACGAGCAGAUUCUGGUGGAUGACAAAGGACGAAGAAUGAAAGACUUUACUGUUUAUAAAGAUUUGAUGAUAUUCUUUCAUUUACUUCCUAAGUCAUAUUUCGGCGGAAGAGUACUUCUACCCGUUCAAAAUAAGAAGGAGACUGAGGAUGAGAGAGGAACCAAAUCAGCACCCUAAGAAAACAAAAGAAGAGGAGCUUGGUUUGCUGGAGGUCAUCAGCCAAAGAGCACCAAUGAAAGUAACAUGAAGCUAGUACUUGGAGGUGAUUUUGAGCAUUUAUUUAUCAAGAGGAGAUAUUCGAUGACCACUCAGAAGAUCAUAAAGAAUGACAGAUCAUCUAUGCUCUCAAUUGCAAAUUCAAGUUCAGUAGAGGUCUAUCUCAUAGACUAAUAACUUUUGGAGUUCUUCCCUGAGCACACUCAGAAGCAUAUUUGGAAUAAACUGAUGAAUGUUUUCGAGCCAGAUAGGCCUUAUAUGCUAAAGAAUGUUUAAAAGAUAAAAGACAAAUUUAGAGAGUGGGAUGUGUACAAGAUCAAAUGCUAUUAGGAAUCGAUGAAGCAGAACUAUAGCCAGAGACGAGCACAUAAGCAGAAACAAGUCGUGGAGCUAGACAGGUGA